AUGUAUGCUUCCCAUUUUGUACCCUUUGUUUGUGCAGAGCUAACCCGCCUGCUGUGUUGCAUAAGCACUUUAGAUGAACUCAAGGAUGCGAAACACCACGUGAAAUGCCGGGAGCGAGCGGCGAUCCCUUCUAUUUCCCAGAUCUCAACUGGCAUACUCUCAGCAUUCGAACCACCAGUCAUGGACGCCUGGAACGCUUGGAGGGCGGCGGAGAACGAGCGUUUGCUCGGAAACGCAAUGGGGUUCGGACUAUAUUCGAGGAAUUUGUUACUGCCCGCCUCGACGAUUUACCAGCAUCUGGUAGAUUCUGUCCCGCAACAGGACGGAGAGGACAUUGUGCUACAGUGUGCAAGGCUGCUGCUAGCCGGCGGAGAAGCCGGAGAAACCGUCUACGAACAAGUCCGCGUGGGGAGCGCCAAUUUCACAAGACGGGAUCCGUUGGUGACUUUCCACACACUCGGUUUUUUGUUGGGGAGAUAUCACGCCUGCAACUACAUGGAUCUCGUUCUCGUCUCCUACACCUGGGACCUGCAACCGCCUGAUAUCAACAGAGAUGUCCGAACCGCUCGCCGCAGGCUCGACGACGCUAGACUUCAGUUGAGGGCAAGUCCACUAUACCCUUGGUUUUCCGACGUCUUGACCUCUGUCGACAUCCCCAAUGUCACCAAGGUAAUCAGCAUUGCACUUGGCGAAUUUAGCUCCAGGUCACCUUACGGCCAGGAGCGGAGGAGAAGGAGCAGGACUCGGCACAUGCUACUGUGUGAAAUUGAGAACGUGAUUCGACUUAAGCAGGGUGACAGCCCUAUCGUCAGGUCUCACGAUCAAGGGUACUUCGACGUUGAGAUCGAGGCGCUGCGGGUGUACGGUAUCCAAGGGACGAAUCACCCAGUUUUGCUGGGUUCUUGGAGCUUGACGAAUCCACCGUCGUCGUUUCGAUCAACCCGAAUAUCCCGGUUGAAGAAAUCCUUGUUGAUGUCGCUCUCCCAGCGGCCGUCAUAA